AUGCACCACGACACACCCACACGAGACGGUAACACACCCAUUGCCUUAGCAGCACCUGGGGGUCAUCAGAGUGUCAUUGAUAUUUUAUUGCCGUUAGGUUGUAAUGUAAACAAUGCCGAUAAGGACAAGGACACUGCUUUACAUUAUGCGGCAUACAACAAUAUGAUUGAAGGAGUCCGAAAACUUCUGGAAUGUGGAGCCGACCCAAAUUGCCAAAACAGCUACAAAGCCACUCCUCUUUGGAAUGCCGUGUACAUGAAACACAAAGACAUUGUAAAACUACUUCUAACGGCUAAUGUAGAAAUGGAAGUAACAAGCGUAGGUAUUAAUCAACAUUCCCAAAGUGACACAGCAGUACAGAUUUAUCCCAAGCCUCGCUCGCCUCUCUAUGUUGCAGUUGACCGAGGAUGUUUUGAAAUUAUGUUGUUACUGAUAGCAGCUGGUUACAAUCUUCAUAGUGAGGCAUGGGUAUUUAGUGACGAUAUGUAUCCUACAGAAAAUCGUGAUUUAAACAUGCAAGCAUUAUUGAAAAAGUUUGCCUCAGAACCUCCACGUAUGAUAGCUGUGUGUAGGAACUUUUUCAGAAGGUCAUUUGGUCAGCAGAUUCACAAUAAAGUGCAACAUUUAGAACUUCCAGUGACUUUAAAGAAUUAUUUGAUAUUAGGAGAUGUACUCAGUUGAUUUCUCUGUUUAUGUUCCCUACUUUCUGUGAUUAAAUAUAUUAAAUGUUGCUGUGAUACACUGGCUCUAAGGGAAUAUUUUGUAUGCCCCGAUUACUAUAAUAGAGGGGUAUUAUGUUUAUAUGUCUAUGUGUGCUUUCAUUCAUUUGAUCAUCCUGUAUCAGGCUGAAAUUUUUGUUGAUGAAAAUUUGUUAUGGAAAAAAUGGAAAAACGGUCAAAACAACAUAAAGAUAAUUAGAACUCAUUUUCAUUUCCAUUAAUUGAACUUUUAAAUAUAUAUGCAAAAGUAGAAUUUGGACUAAGAUUUUGCAGUUUAUUGAACCAGAAAAUGUUAUAGUGGGAAUGGGGCAUGGUAUCCUGUGUCCUGUGGGCAAACAUUUUGUUCUCCUAUAUUUUACUGAUAAAUGGAUUAAAUUUGUUUUGCAGUUAACAUUUCAUGCAUUUAGAUAAGUUCUAGUGUUUAAGUUAAAAUAUUUUUGAAACUUCAUGUACUGUUGUACAACUUGGACAGAAGAUUGUUCAUAUAUAUUUAUAUGUUGAAAUAUGAUCUGAAAACAGGUAGAACUUUUAAGAAUAUCAGUAUUUUUUUUAAUAAUUGUUUUU